AUGCAUCCCGGUAGUGGUACAAUGUAUUAUGUUCUUCGUUGGAUUUAUUGGUGGCCUGAGUUAAAGCGUGACGUUACAGAUUUUGUGGCUCGAUGUUUGGUGUGCAAAAAGGUGAAAGCUGAACAUCAAUUUCCUUCAGGGUUGAUGCAACCUAUUGCUAUUCCUGAAUGGAAGUGGGAAAAGAUUAGUAUGAAUUUUGUUUCGGGUUUGCCAUUGACUCUUUCGAGGAAAGAUUGGGGAUCCGAGAUUUACUUCAAGGUUUUGGAAAAGUUUGCAAGAGGCUUUGGGAUUGAAGCAUACUUUCAUUUCCAAGUGAGUAUUUGCAUGGCACUGUUUGAGGCGUUGUAUGGUAGGAAGUUUAGAACUCCCUUGUGUUGGACUGAGUUAGAUGAGAGGCGAGUUGUUGGGCUGGAUUCAGUUUAUGAGAUUGAAUGGAAGGUUUCACCGUGGAAGAGAGUUUUGAUAUUUGGUUGGAAGGGUAAGUUAUGUCCAAGAUAUAUUGGACCUUAUGAAGUUGUUGAGAAGGUUGGUUCUAUAGCUUAUCAUCUCAAGUUGCCACCAGAGCUUGAACGAAUUCAUGAUGUUUUCCAUGUGUCCAUGUUACAAAAGUAUCGUUCAAAAUCAUCGCAUAUUGUGCCAGUUGAAGAAAUUGCAAUCCGUGAUGAUCUUUCUUAUGAGGAAGAACCAAUUGAAAUUUUAGCUCGUGAAGAGAAGGUUUUACGUAAUAAGAGACUUCCGUUGGUUAAAGUUUUGUGGCGCAACCACAAGAUUGAAGAGGCUACAUGGGAAAUCGAUGAAGUAUUUUAA